AAUUCAUAAUUUAUUCCACAUUCUAACAUAAAAUCAUGUUGAAAAUCGAAAAAUAUCGUUAAUGAAAUUACAUAUCUGACAUUUUAGGUUAUGUGAAACAAUUUUCGAUCUCGGGAGUGGUUUGAAUGAUUCAUGACUGAAUAAAAUUUUAGUAUUUUAUAUUCUAAAUUCUAGUAUUAUCAAAAUUCAAAAUAAUGUCUGUAGCAGUUUAUUUCUAUUCAGUGGGUGCGUGUUUGUUGCUGUCAAUCACCUAUGUUGCUAGUCUUUACAUUUGGAGCUCCAACUACCCAAGAGAUCAUCCCUUAACAAUUAAAAGAAGAUUUUUUAGUGUAUUCAUCAUGAUGUUUAUAUCACCCAUGUUUUUGUAUGUAAUGGGUUCUGAAGAACUUUUUAAGAAAGCUACAAUUUGGGAGCUACUUGGAUUCAGGAUAGAUGGUAUUGUAAAUGCUUCAAUAAUACCACUUAUGUUAACAAUGGUCUUAUUCCUUGGACCCUUAUCAAUGACUCAAUAUAGCGGUUUUAAUGCCAGCGAAUACAUGGAUAAUUUCACAAAUUUGAUAUGGCUGCGGAAUCAUAUAGUGGCUCCAUUGUCUGAAGAAUUCACUUUUCGAGCUUGUAUGUUGCCAUUACUUCAGCAGUGCUUUGGAAGACUUGCGUCAAUUUUAAUAUGUCCAUUAUUUUUUGGAGUUGCACAUUUUCACCAUAUGCAAGAGAGAUUAAAAUCCGGGAUGUGUUUGAAGACUACAAUCAUCAUAUCUUCAUUCCAAUUUUUGUAUACAACAUUAUUUGGAGUUUACUCAGCUUAUUUAUUUGUGAGGACAGGACAUUUUGCAGCUCCUUUUGUGGUGCAUGCAUUUUGUAACCACAUGGGAUUUCCUAAUUUUGAAGAAGCUUUGUCUUAUAAAUCGCCAAAGAAGGAAAGAGUUUGUUCACUAUUUCUUAUUGGAUUGGUAAUAUGGGGAUUUCUUCUUGAACCAGUUACAAAACCACACUUAUUUUCAAACCAUUUGUACAAUUUAAAUUAUGAAGACAAUAGUGUUUCAACAAUUACAUAAAAUAUCUCUAAUGAACAGAUAAAAUAAUUUGUUUAUAUAAUGCCAUUUUAAAUAUAGGGAAGA